AUGAUUGGAUUUGGCCAUCCAAGUGAGCCUCUUGAUUCUGAUAGGUGGCUGUCGAAGAGCAAGAAGACCGAAGAGGACCGAAGACGUGCUAUUCAAGAGCUUGGGAGAAAGUACAAAUAUCCUGGCCAUGUUUCCAACGAUGUUCUUGAUGCUCUUGGUAUUGGCGUCCUUGUCAGCAGUGACAGGACUCAAGAAUACCAAACGUCAGGACGACUCAUGGAUGCAGAGGAGACAAUCCAAGCACAGAUCCGAGCAAGAGCAUCAAACUUUGGGGAUUCCCACUUGAGUCAAGCGAAGUGUGAGUCCGAACUAUCAAAGAUCCUGCAGGCACAACUUCGUUUCGAAGAAGCCGAAAAGCACGAGAUACGUGCAUCUGGAAUCUUGCGCAAUCAUUUUGGAGAUCGCCAUCCUUCUGCCUUGAUGGGAAAUGUUACCUUGGCAUAUCUCUAUGCCAAACAAGGCUUGCUUCGAAAGGCACACCGGCUUUCUCGUGAGACGCAGCCCAUUCUGGAGGAAGUUCUCGGGCUCGAGCACCCAGAAGCGAUAUCGGCACUGCAAGUUCACGGGAUCAUUCAAUACGAACUUGGACUCGCCAAGGAAGCCGAGCAAUCGAUGAGGAAGGUGAUAGAUGUGCGGACCAAGAUACUGACUGGGGCGCAUCCAUUCACCGUCCGCGCUGAGUUGUCUCUCGUAUCUGUCCUCCGAGCCCAAGGCAGACUGACAGAGUCGAAGGAGCUGACGGCGAGUAUCAGUGAAAGGCUUGUCAAUCAGCUUGCGGGCGACUAUCUUUCCAAAGCCGAGCUUUACAUCGUCUGGGGGGCAUUGGAAUCUGAGACAGGCUCUCUUGACCAAGCUUUAUUGAGGGUUACAGAAGGAUUGGCGGCUAUGGAUAUGUUGAGACUUCCGGCCACUGAUCCGCUGCGGUUGGACGGCCUUGAAAUAUUGACCUCGAUUUACGGCAAGCUAAAUGAGCGGCAGAAACAGGAAGAAAUUCUUCGCCAGAUCUUAGACGUCAAGAAAAGCCAAGACCGGAGAAAUCGUGAAAUUGCAACAACUAUGUGUCUGCUCGCAGGCUGCUUGCUUGCUCAAAAUCGGUGGGAGGAUGCCUCUGCCCUUGCGGACAAAGUCUUGACCGCAUCGGACAGGUCUGUUGCCGAAGAUCCACAAAACUAUGUGACGGCAGUUGACAUUAUGGCCAAUGCUGCGAGCUACCGUGGACAAAACGAAGAGGCUGAGAGACAGAGGCAAGACCUUCUCCGGGCUUGCAAGUCAGACCUGGGCGAGGGCAACCGCUUUACGCUAGAUGCCACUUGCGAUCUGGGCGCCUUCUACACCGAUCAAGGCCAGCACCAGAAAGCACAGCAUCUGUACGAGCAGGCAAUAGCCCAAAUUGAGACGGAAACCCAACCUGGCAACACUUUGAUCAAACUACAGAGACUUUUGGCCGUGGCGCUUACAGAGCAAGGCAGGUUUCAAGAGGCCGAGUCAGUGUGCCUUACCGGCAUUGACCAGGCGCUUCAGGCUGUCGGAGAUCGCCACAUCACCACACUUGCUCUUUACAAUGCGCUAGGAAGAAUAUACAUCCUGACAGGCAAGUAUGAGGAGGCUGAUGAACUCUACGCCACGAAGCUUCAGGAGCAGAGCGUUGGCACCGAGGCUGACAUUUACGUGCUGGAGCACAUGGCAGUCCUCCGAAGAUGUCAACAGCGGAUACCAGAGGCGAUGGAUCUCAAGCGAAGGAGCGAGGUUCUGAUGAAGUCAAUUCUAGGCGAAAACCGACCCGAAUACAUUAAUAUGCAGGGAAACGUGCUUAGCGACCACAUGGCUGAUCCCGAACUUUUUACACCCGACGUGGAGAGAGACGUAAUGGCGAACAUCCACAGCAAGAAAGUCCUUUUCGGUGCGCGCCAUCCAUCCACCAUCAGCACCAUGUGCGACCUCGCUUAUGCGUACCUGAUGAAAGAUCGCAUCGUCGAAGCCGACGCAAUCUUCAAGGAGCUCUCUGACUCCAUUCGCCAGGUUAAGUCUCCGGACAAGUACGCGAAGAUCUUAGGGAAACGCGCCGAUGUUUGCUUCCGGCUCGAGCGGCUCGACGAGGCUGAGAGAUUUGAGCGCGAAGCGCUUGCAGUACGUCGCAGCAUCUUUGACGAGGAUAACGUGGCCGUCCUGACAAAUAAGAGCAACCUGGCUUCGACACUGAGUGCGCAGGGUCGGCACCCAGAGGCAGAAGAGUUAUUGCGCGAAGUAGUGGCAGGACGAGAACGGACACCGCAGGGCAACUCGCAAUCCGUCUUUUCGUUGCUCAAGGCGAGGACCGCCUUGGGCGCGGUGCUCUAUUAUCAGGGCAAAUACGAGGACUCAGCACCCUACUACGCUUCGUCAGUUGAGGUAGCCCGAAAGGUCGGUCUACCAGCUCAAGUAGUGAACGGCUGGCAAACUGAACUUGAUGAGGUCUUGGAGAACAUGGUCCAGGUUGAUGGCGAGGUAGCUACAGAGGGGGUGGGCACGUGA